AUGCUCGUUGCCCUCAUAGUAGCCAUUGGCUUGGGUAUUAUGAAUGGUUUCCAAGUCAGCUACGGUACUGGACGGCAAUCUAAAGAUCUCAACUUCGACCACUUCUUGAUACCCACUCUCAAACACUGGUACGCAUACCAAUUGGUCUACCCAUGGGCGCUGUUCUGCGUGAAAGCCAGCAUCUUAGCACUAUACCAUCGGAUCUUCACGCACCACAGCUUUCGACGCUGGAUAUAUUAUGCUGCAGGCUUCAUCAUCAUACAGACCAUCACUGUUACUUUCAUCAACGCUUUCGAAUGUGGCACCAAGCCCUCCCGAGCCUGGUCGGCCAAGUUCCCAGAAGGCUGCAAUGAUAUGCCAAGGACGUACUUCGCUAUGGCAUCCGUGAACAUUGUCACCGACAUAGUUAUCUUGAUCAUGCCGUUCAAAGUCUUCAAGCAACUCAACAUGCACCCACGAAAGCGCUCUUCUAUCAUGCGCCUCUAUGCACUCUACGUCUUCGCCGUAUCCAAAGACAUCCCAUACGACGACAUCUUCAUCCUCCUCCUCUCCCAGAUCGAAGUGAACGUAGCCAUGAUCUCCGCCUCCGCGCCUGCCUACCGACCCCUCUUCAACAAGGUCUUCUCUUCAUCCUCUUCGUCACCCUACGUUCGACCCGCCAGCGACUAUCCCACAGUCGGCAGUGGAAGGCCAGCUUACACUCGACGACGGAAAGCUUCGCGCGAUCAGAUGGAAUUAUUUUCGGUGCUAUCGACGGGGAAGAGGGCGAGCAAAACCCAUGUAAGAAACACGAGCGAAGAAAGUAUCCUGGGUGAGGAGGGCAUAAGGAAGACGAUUGAUGUCAGAGUCAUUGAAGAAGAGGAAAAGGAGAGACAGAAUGGGGAUGAUAGGAACGAUAAGAAUGAUCCAGCGUAUUGGCGAGGUGUAUGA